AUUCAGUGUAAUUAAUAUUUGCUAAAAUUAUGAAAAUUUAUAAAGUUGAGUAGAGUUAAAUAUAAAGGUGUGGUUACUUUGAUGUUUUUGCUUUUAUGGGCAUGCUCUACAGCUCUGUUAAAGUUCCAACAGUAUCAAACAGUAUUCACAUUUGAAAUCUUGCCAUUAUUUAAAUAAAAACUAUAUUUCAUAAGAUACAUAUGACGAAAACAAAUUGAAAAUACAGGAUAUAUGGUAAAACAUUUCAAGUUGUGCAGUUUGACUUAGCAGCUAUCUACAAGUCCCAGGCACUGUAUAUAAGGUUUACUGGUUUUCCAUAUAAUACGGUCUUGUUAAGUCAAAGUUGGUACUUUUUAAGAUGAGUCAAUUUUCUUGUGUACCCUCUACCAUUUGAUAGAUCUGCAAUCUACAUUUUCUCUUGUAUUCCAUGUGAAUACAGAUGGUUAACAUAAACAAACACUAUGGCUUUAUGCAAACACAAUACUGUACUAUGCCUUUAUAACCGUCAGUGGCGUGCAGUGACAUUUGAUGAUAGGGAAGCUGUGUUGGCCCUGGAUAGACUCAUUGGAAGUGUCAUACGAUAUUUUGGUGUGUAGCAUCCAUGAGCUAAACUGUGUGAAGUUGGUGCUCUGUAAAGCAAAUGCCCGUAAUCUGGCUGCUUUACACUAUUCAAAUAUUUUCACCGUGGAAGCUGUCCCGUAUUUGACAAUAUAGCGCUUCCAUUGGAAAUAUGCAUAUACAAAUUUAUAUUCGAAUAUACAAUAGCAAUCUUAUCGAUUUUUCACAAUUUGUAAUAAGAUACAUAAUGCAGUUGUGGUAAAAUAUUAAUUUUAAUUUAUUCAAAGUAUGUGAAAAUAUGAAAAUAAUCGCACAAUAUGUAUUUAUAUUUUAGAAAAUACAAGGAAAGUGAUGCUUCCAUGGACGGCACGCCACUGAUAACCUUACAUCAAUAUCCUUUUACUGAUACAGUAUGUUACCAGCAUUGUGAUUGGACACAAGAGGACUCCUUGAAAAUGCACUCAAAAGUAUCAUAAACCCUAUGCAAUUUUGUGAACAGAUUCUUGAGAAUUAUCAUCCACAGAAAAAUUUGAGAAAAUCAUUAUUAAACUCAUCAACUUGAAACUCUAACUUAAAGUCAGGCAGCAAUAUCUUCAGAGUCCCUAAAUCAACUUGGAUUUCAAACAAGGAAAUAAUAAAAAUCUGUUGGUGACAUAUGGGGAAUGUGCAGGGUGUUACAGUGUUAUCAUAUUAUACUUUGCUAGGCACUGUUUAACCAAUAUGAAACAUUGUCAUGAAGAAGAAUCCAUGUAUUUGUUUUUCAUUUCUCCUUAUUGCAUCUCUGAGAGAUGCUUUCUGACAACAAAAGAUAUCAAGAUACAUUUUCUUGGUAAUCAUCUGGUCUUCUAGAAUAAAUUUCUGGUGAAUAAUACCCUGGCUGUUAACAUAAUUUUUCCUUUGCUCCUGUCUACAAGGUAUUUCUUCAUCUGGAUAAGAUAUGUCGAUUGUGGAUUGUAUGAGAAACACCAUGUCUCAUUUUUUUUACUAGAUUAUUUUAAAAACUUUUAUCUGUAUCAGCUAUUGCAAUUAGGUGUUGUAAUACUGUCAUUUGCAAUUUUUUUCUUUUGUUCUGAAGAUAAAAUUCUUAGAACCGUGUAUUGACAAACAUGCUGUAUGUUCAAAUGAUUUAUUAGAACAUUGUGCCAUCCUUUAACAGAUGUUUUAACUUCUGAUACUAUUUCUUUGACAAUUUUAUGUCUGUUACUGUGAACAACAUUUCCAACAUAUGCAAUGCUUUUAUAAGUUGUCAAGGUUGAGGAGCACCAACUACAUGGAUCAUGGUCAAUAAUAACAUGAUUCAAACACAUCCUUUCUUGGUAGAUCAGCCAUGUGUUGCAUUACCUUAUUUUAUCAAUCCAAUUUGAGAUGAUCGAGCUGUAUUGAAAGAUCAUAUUGGAGCUUGUAUUAUAAGUAUUGGGAUCUACUUUGAAUAGGUUGUAUUAGGUAUACAACAACACUAAAGAGAUAAUCAUGGAACUCAUAUUAUUGAAGUAUUGUUUUAAGUCAGUUCAGUAAACUUGUAACAAUGUUUUGAUGGUUUGUGUACAGGUUCAAACUGUAUCGUCUGGUGGAAAACGACGAGCACCACUGGCCCUGCAAUCUAAAUACCUUCAUGGACAACAGGAAAAUAUACCAUGCCUUUAACUUAUGAACCACCAGCAGACCAACAUAAGCAACUUGUAACUCUGCAUCCUCUUUGCUGUGUUAUCUUAAUGCUACUCAGCCUCUACUAGUGUAUUGUAUCUUGUUUGUUUAUGUGACUUGAGAAAACCAUUAAUAUCACAACAAAUGUCAAAAUCUUUAUUUACUACUACUAAAUUAAACGAUUUAAUGGAAUUCUUUGAUGACCAGAAAAACUGGGGAGAACAAGAAGUAAAAUCUGGUCGAUCAUGGCAUAAAGAUGAACUGAGAAUUAAAAGUAAUUCUGAUCUUCAUAAACUUUGGUAUAUUCUUUUAAAAGAAAGAAAUAUGUUAUUGACAAUGCAACAUGCUGCAAAGACUGAAUGUGAAUUAUUUCCUAGUCCAGAAAGAAUAGAUAAAGUAGAAGAAAGUAUGGAGAAUCUUGAGGAAGUAAUUAGAGAACGUAAUAGAGCAUACUAUGAAUUAGAAACUGGAGAAAAUGGUGAAAGACCAUGGGAAAUGAGAAGAGAUGAAAUAGGUCGAGAGUAUAGAUAUGAUUAUUCAGAACGUGUUUUACCUGAAUCAAUGAAAGAUUCCGAAGAAGCUAAAUAUAUCAAGUCUAUGUUGGAUAACAUUGUACCGGAAUCAUUUAGUAAUCAACAGUCUGUUACUAAUGCAGAAUAUCAUGACUUUGAUAAAGAUGUAGAAAGUUUUCAGUAUCAGUUAAGAGAAAAAGAGAAGAAACAAAAAAGAUAUGAAAUUAGUAAAAUGAAACAAGAAAUAAGAAAGCUUUGGCAAGAAUUUCCUGAUAUGGAUGAAGAGGCACUUAAAGAAAAAUUUCCAGAAAUUGAUUUAGAAAGAUUAAAGAGAGAAACUGAAAAAUGAAAUUUAAAAGUUCUCAAUUAAUUAAUUUUGUUACAUGGUAUUUAAGAAAUGAAGAAUUUUAGAAAAGUAUUAAUUUUUAUAAAUCUAUGAAAAUUAAAUUGAAAAUUUUUAUUUCAACAAUUUGUUCAUUUUGUAACUGUAGUAAUUACAUUUGAUAUUAACGAUAUCAAGCAAUCUGUAAUUAACUAUACAAAGAAAUCAGAAAGAAAGUAGAAAAUAAUGUUUUUUUGACUUUCUUUUAUACUAUAUUUUAUUUUAUAAUUUCACCUAAAAUUUACAAUAAUUAUGAUUGUUACCAUAGAUCUUAUUAAUGAUUUCAAUUAUGUAAUUCUAUUUAUUAUUUUGAAAAACAAUUCAGUUUUAAAUGAUUUGUAUAUAAAUAAAAGGGUAAAUUAAUUAUUAAAAUAUGUAUAAACUGGUGAUAUGCUACAUAACAGUUGUUGCUAUAUAUAUAUAUAUAUAUAUAUAUAUA